GCCCCGGAAGGCUGGGUGGCGGGUUCGCGGCUGCCACCGGACUGAGGCCUACUUUGUCGCCGCCGCCUCUCAGUGCUAUUGUGCCUGGGCCCGGCCUUGACCGGGUCCACUUGGGAGGGCAGAGUGCUCCGGCUCGCUGAAGAUGCCGGACCAAGCCCUGCAGCAGAUGCUGGACAGAAGUUGCUGGGUGUGUUUUGCCACUGAUGAAGAUGAUAGAACAGCUGAAUGGGUGAGACCAUGCAGGUGCAGAGGAUCUACAAAAUGGGUUCACCAGGCUUGUCUACAGCGCUGGGUGGAUGAAAAACAAAGAGGAAACAGUACAGCCAGAGUGGCAUGUCCUCAGUGCAAUGCUGAAUACUUAAUAGUUUUUCCAAAGUUGGGUCCAGUUGUUUACGUCCUGGAUCUUGCAGAUAGACUGAUCUCGAAAGCCUGUCCUUUUGCUGCGGCGGGAAUAAUGGUUGGCUCUAUCUAUUGGACAGCCGUGACUUACGGAGCAGUAACAGUGAUGCAGGUCGUAGGCCAUAAAGAAGGUCUGGAUGUUAUGGAGAGAGCUGAUCCUUUAUUCCUUUUAAUUGGACUUCCUACGAUUCCUGUCAUGCUGAUAUUAGGCAAGAUGAUUCGCUGGGAGGAUUACGUGCUCAGACUAUGGCGCAAAUACUCGAAUAAACUACAGAUUUUGAACAGUAUAUUUCCAGGGAUCGGUUGUCCUGUUCCUCGAAUUCCAGCCGAGGCUAACCCUUUAGCAGAUCACGUCUCAGCUACCCGAAUUCUGUGUGGAGCCCUCGUCUUCCCUACUAUUGCGACGAUCGUUGGUAAACUGAUGUUCAGUAGCGUCAACUCUAAUUUACAAAGGACAAUCUUGGGUGGAAUUGCUUUUGUUGCCAUAAAAGGAGCAUUUAAGGUUUACUUCAAACAGCAGCAAUAUUUACGUCAGGCACACCGCAAAAUUCUAAAUUAUCCAGAGCAAGAAGAAGCAUAAAACUGACUUCUAGUUGUUCUGCAGUCCUCUCAUCCAUGAGUCUGUUGUGUUGUUCUGAUCCCACCGUUAAUGCACAGUAGUGGAGACUUGUGAUAAGCUGCUGCUCCUAUAUUUUUCAAGAAAUAAAAUAAAAUACUUAGGGCAGGGGAAAUCCUCUCGGUAAUCACGGAACCCAAGGAUGUGAUUUGUUUUCAUUGUUUUAUAUGUACUUCUUUUAUGGCAGUUAUCUGAAACAUUAUCUUAGCAUGGAAACCUGGGGUUUAUUCAUGUUUUCUCCAGACAGAAAUGUAAAGAUCUGUGCAGAUAUUAAAAAACGCACACACACUUUUAUUCAAAUGCCUCUUUUGUACAUGUUCAUGUUCAGUGUUUUCUUAGAAUCAGCAACUCAAUGAAGGUACUAUGAGGAUUUUUCUCACUGGUAUAAUUUGAUUACCUGCUAAUAAACAGGAGCAUAUAUUAAUAUGAGGAAAUGGAAAUUUAAUUAGCUAUAAAUAACAAGCCAAAAAAUGUAUGUAAACAUUCAAAUGAUUAUCUGAACAAAUGAGAUUUUGUUGUGUUUUUCUUAAUCCAUGUGAUGUCCUCCAAAAUGUAUAGGAUAAAAAUUCACAGGGCUUCCAGAUUGAUCACUUUUUCGCUGUUAAAUUUUAUUUAUAUAAUGUUGAUGUCUCAUAGUUGAAAAUGCAGUUUUGACCCAAGCAGUCUUAACUACAAUGUAUGUGUGUAUGUGUAUGUCAGUCAGUCAUCAGGUCCUCCCAUCAUUGGGUGUAAGGUUUUUCAGUCCAUAUUUCUAGAAAUUAGAGCUGCUGGUUUAUAGUAGCUUGAGCACAGAGACAGAUUUGCAAAAAAUCAAUAAAGUUAUUUUACUCUCCUCUCUCACUGAUUCAGUUAUUCAGAUAUUUGCUGAGCACCUCCCAUUUGCCUAAGCACUGUGCUGAGUGCUGUGGGAUGCAGUGGUGAACAAGACAGACGUGGCCCUGCUCUUAGAGAGUUUACUGUCUAGUUCCAGUAGAUGGAAAACCAGCAGUGAGUGAACCAUGGUGAGGCCUUGAGCUCUGUUUUUAUACCAGUCAGUGAGGAGAUAAUUUUGAACAAGAAAUCUUGAUAAAUAUUGAGGUCAUUGUUUUAGGCUUAAGCCAAUUUAUCAUAGCAAACCAAUACUAAUUAUCUCUAGAUUUUAACUGCUUGUCAUAUUGAUGAGGCUAGCACCUUAAUAAUCACUGUUUAAUUAGUUUUGUAUUCAUUUUUCAAAAGCAAGUAUUUAUUUUAAGCCAUUUUCAAUAGAGUGGCCAUUUUAAUGUUGUUCAGCAAUCUGAAUGGUCUUGCAGUUAUUUUUGUUAAUUAAAAUUAAAUUUUUUAAAGAUAGUUCCAAAAAUCUUAAUUUUCUUGUUCACAGUGUCUAAUGCAUGAUGAUGAUAAAUGUUUCCCCUUACUAAUAAGUGGCCAUGUCUCUUUAAGAGUGUAGCAAAUAUAGAUUGAGUUAUGUUAUAUUGCAAAAAUGUGUGUUGAUUUUAGUAAUUAAAGACCGGUACCAUUCUAUGGUAUGAAUGUCUUAAUUUCGAGUUAACAUAAGGAGUUUAUGUGACUAGCUGUUGAACAUUCAAAGUUGUAAUUAUUUGGGGAAGGAGGGAAGAUUUGACUGACAGCCUUAUUAAGAACAAUGCUGCAGUUCUGAGGGGGAGAUAUACAAUCUAUGAUUAUAUAUAAAAAUAGAUUAUAUAGCUCUAAUUGUAAAAUAUUCACUUUUCAUUUUCAAUAUGAAAAGGCAUGUUAAAUAAAAACUUCCUGCAUAGUUUUGUUAUAUACAACAGCUUUGAGGCAGCCUUUACUAAAGUUAGUUAACACAAGUACACAGUUGCCUGAUGACUAUUUCAGUGCCCAAGAUGGAAGAGCAGCUGCCUGGGUUUAUUGGCAUCAGGGCUCAUGAAGGCAGGGGAACAACUCUAAUCUUUGGGAGAGGUUUUCUAGGGCUGUGGGAAGGGAACUGUAUGUGCUUGGGGACCAGAGUGGCCUCUAACCUUGGAAUUCAAGACUUUUCAGUCUCAAGAGCCUUAGCUCAAGAAAUACCAUGUGCCAGUGUCUCCCAGAAGUUGGCUUGUGCCACCACGAAGCAACGAAAGAACACGGGCUGACUUAAAGUUGGACGGACCUGGGUGUAAAUCCUAACUCUGCUUUAAUCUAUACCUUGGCCAAGUGACUUUCUCUCAGCUACAGUUUUCUUCAUCUUGGGAAUGCAAGUAAAAUUAAAGAAACAGGCACUUUAGGUUCAAAAUAGCCCCUACAGAGCAUUAGUUGUUUCUUAAUUGCUAAAUAGUCUUUUGAAAACAUGUUCCCACUCGUAAGAAAAGGGAAUGAACAUGUAAAAGAAAGGUCUUAUGGGACAAAUUAAAGGGAUGAUGUAGAUUUUGGGGAUGGGUGGGUGUUUUGUGUUUUCCGAUUUAUUUUCAUGUUGCUUUAAUGUGUUAUUUCUGGAAACUUUAAUGUUUUAAACCUCUUUUUCAAGAUUCAGUGACAACUAGUAGAACUCAAUUCUUUGCAGAAGUUAACUUACUUCCAUUCAAAACUGGCUGAAAAUAUUGUUCAUCAUUACAUGAUUAUCAAAUGACUAUGACAAGAAUAUAACAUUAAACUUAGUGACUUAAUUAGUCACUGCCUUGCUAACUGUGCUGUAAUUUUUUUAAAGUCUUGUUUUUAAUAUAGCAGACUAUCUCAAUACUGACUGGAUUAGGUUGAAUAAAGAGUUUUUAUGUUCUCUAGGAGUACUUUGUUGAACAACUACCAAAAUAUAAUUGGUUAAUUCUGUAGCUGUAUCAUUCUCUUUAAAUCAUAGUUAUCGAGCUAGUAGGGAGACUUUAUUUUAGUAAAAAUGAUCUAUAUAGGGGAAUUUAUCUUAAUUUUGUAAGCAAGCUGGCCUAGGUGCUGAUUAUAUUCUAGUAAUUAAAAUGUAUCCCAUCUCACCCAACCUCAGAGCUUCUUGGACUGAGUAGGAUUAGAAAAGCAACUACAGGUAGUCCCCAGCUUACAGUGGGGUUCCAUUCUGAUGAGUCAGUUCUGACGUUAAGUUGAAUACAUCGUGCUUCUGUCCUUAAAUGCCUUGAAACCAGGAGUAGGCUCUGGCUCUUUGUGAAUAUAGGUCCAUUCUGACAUCCUUUUCCAAAACAAACCUGUUCAUCCACAUUGAAAAUCUUACCAUUAGUGAUAUGCACUACAUACAAUGUUGCAAUGCAUUAAUUUGCUGAUGUUAAAAAAAAAAAGGCAAUUGUAAGUGGGGUUUGUUGUAACUUGAAUACGUUGUAAGUUGGGGACUACCUGUAGUCCUUAUUCCAAGAUCUGUGGGUGAUCUCGUGCCACUCUUAAAGUUUAUUUUAGUGAGUGGGGAACACAUAAAAAACAAGUUGCGUCCUCCGAGAUACUAACUAAGGACUUGAUUUCUGAAGUAGAUUAAAAUCUAGAAGGAAUAAAUCAAAGGCCGUUCAUCCAUGGGCAUUUUAUUCUGAGUCAUUUCGUUAUCCUCAUCUGAGAGGAGAAGCAGCACUGGUUUGGACAUUUCUGGAUGCAUAUUCAAACUCAGAUACUUCAUUGUAGGGCAAGUUACUUUAUCUCACAGACCCUCAGUUUUCUCAUCAGUAAAAUGAAGAUUAUAAAAGCUCAUCUCCUGGGUUAUUGUGAGGAUCAAGUGAGGUAAUAUCCUAGGACAACGUUUGAUAUACAGAGAAACUGCAUGAGUAAAUCUGCCAGUUUAAGUGCAUAGUUGAGGUUUUGCACAUAAUCUCUGGUCCAAAAGGAUCUCAGCGUUUCCCCUUUUCUGCUGCCACCCCCACACUCCCAUUAGAAAUGGUAGAGGGAUAUAUUGUCUUAAUUGCCUUCCUGGAACGAAGGGUAGGGAAAAGGGAUUUGUGGCUGAGUAGCUAUAGAAGCCUCAAACAAGCAACAGUCUAGGCUGUCUUUCUGGUCAACCCCAGGUGGCUUUAAACCUCUUGCAGAAGUUGGCCAUGCUGAGGUUACUGUGUAUCAACAACAGAUAUCACGUUAGCAGAUGUUUGUUGAAUAUUUAUAUGAGCCAGGCACUGUGCUAAGUCCUGGGGUAAAUUGUAAGCCUGCUUUUACAUGUUUAGAGUCUUGAAAGUGCAAAACAGAUCUUAACCUUAUUACUGCGUUAUUGCCACCACAAAAAUGUAACAUCCA